AUGCGUGGCCCAGGGACCGAGGCGCUGGACACCAGCUACCAGGCGGGCCCCGGUGGAGGCAGCCCGGGCCGCCGCUCGGCCUCCUCCUCCUGGCGCUACACCAGCGUGGGCGACUCAGCUGACAGCGAUACCUACUCCGGCCUACUGGCCUCGGUGGCAGCACAGGAGGGCGGGCUAGUGGCUGCCGUGACUGGGGCAACAGCGGCCAACGGAGGGGUGGCAGACGCGGCUAUCCCGCCUACGGGCGGCGCUGCCGCCGGCGGGCCAGGCGACCCCGCCAGCCGGCAGCUGUGGAGUCCCAACAAGCGGCCUCAGCUGCAGGCGCAGCCGCUAUACGACACGGCUGGCGCAGUAAGUGGCGGCGGCGGCGUGCCGGCAGGCAUGGAUGCGGCGUCGUACGCGGCGGGGGAGCGGGCCGCGCUGAUGUGCGCUUUCCAGCAGGCCCUGCCCGGUCAGCAGGCCCUGGGGCAGUGCUUCUCAGCCGUGGAUGCGCUGCACUCACGCCUGGAGGAGGAGGCGGCGCACUGGCGCCAGCUGCAGCUAGGCGCCACCAAGACGGAGGGGCUGGUGGAGACGGCGCUGCAGCGGCUGGACACGCUGGAGUUCAUGCGCCUGCCGCAGCUGCAGGAGCGUGCCGAGGAGGCGGCCCGCAGGCCCCCCGAGCAGCUGCUGGAGCUGCUGGGCGGCCUGCAGCAGGCUGUGGCCCUGCUGGCGCAGCAGCGGGAGCUCAUGGCGGAGCAGCAGCAGCGCGUGGCGGCGGCGCCGCGCCCCCGCGCCGGCACCCUGCACUGGCUGCUGCUGGCGGCGGCGGGGUAUGGGCAGAGCCUGCUGUCCAGGGCUGACGUGGCGGCGCUCUUCCUGUCACGCAAGAUACUGCUGACGGGCGUGGGCAGCGAGGAGGGCGGCGCGGCAGGUGCCACCGGCGCCAACCGCCAGCUCAGCAGCGCGCUUAGCGUGCUGCUGUUUGUGGGCAGCGUGGAGGCUGCCUGGCAGGCGCACGCCCGCCUGCUGCGCCCGCUGCCUGCUGCGGCGCAACGGGCCGCGGCGCCGCUGCAGCUGGGCCUGCGAGUGGCUCGGGUGGCGGUGUGGAGCGCGGCGCUGGUGCUGGCGGCGGCGCACACGCGUGCCUCCUGCCACGCCGCAGGCGACAGCGUGUGCUCUGCGCUGGAGGCGGCGGCAGAAGCUGUCAAGGUGCCACAGUGGGCGCAGGCGCUGCCGGCCUGGCGCUGGCUGCAGCACCGGUGGCAGCAAACGGCAGCUGCGCCCGCCAGCCCCGGCUCGGCUGCGGGUGCUGAGGACGGUGAGGAUGGCAGCUGCGCCACGGCUGCAGCCGCAGCGGGGGAUCGUAGCGUCUGCGCCGCCGCCGAGUGUGAUGCCGGGCCGGCGGCUGGUGCCACUCCACCGGCUGGCGGCGGCCUUCCCGCUCAGAGCUGGUGA